AGCCUCUGCCUUAAGAUUUACGAAUGCACACGGACAUACACCUACGACCUACCAAACUCCACAAAGAAAUUGUCAAUUCCUUGGUUGCUGCCAACUCCCUUUUAACGCCACCCUGUUUUUUUGUAGCUUGCACAGUUAUACGUUACUUCCACUCAUCCUUGUCUCAAUCUUUGCUCUCUGUUUCUCCUCUGUUUCUGUUUAGAUCCUUCUUUGCAGGAAAAGAAAAAAGGAAAAAGAUACAAUGGAAGCAUUUUACCUGCUGGUAUUCGGGGCCCUGGCAUCCCUGGUUGCGGCAUUGGAGCUAAGCAAAACCAGCAAAGAUCGCAUCAACACCUCCUCUGCUUUCAAUUCUUUCAAAAACAACUACCUUGUCGUUUACUCUCUCAUGAUGGCUGGGGAUUGGUUGCAGGGGCCAUAUGUUUACUACCUCUACAGUCAGUACGGAUUCGGGAAGGGGGAGAUUGGCCACCUCUUUAUAGCUGGUUUUGGAUCUUCCAUGUUCUUUGGGACAAUUGUUGGAUCUCUAGCUGACAAAAAGGGUCGAAAGAGGGCAUGUGUUACUUACUGCAUAACUUACAUACUGAGCUGCAUUACCAAACAUUCUCCUCAGUACAAGGUCCUAAUGCUGGGACGAGUGUUGGGAGGCAUUGCAACUUCUCUUCUUUUUUCAGCCUUUGAGUCUUGGCUUGUUGCAGAACACAAUAAGCGAGGUUUUGAUCAACAGUGGCUUUCUAUAACAUUCUCAAAGGCAAUAUUUCUUGGAAAUGGCUUGAUGGCGAUUUUAUCUGGGUUGUUUGGCAAUGUACUGGUAGAUAAUUUGCAAUUAGGCCCUGUUGCUCCAUUUGAUGCUGCAUCUUGCUUCCUCGCAAUUGGCAUGAUUAUCAUCUUAACGUCAUGGACUGAAAAUUAUGGAGACUCUUCGGAAAGCAAGGACUUGCUUACUCAAUUCAGGGGUGCUGCUGCUGCCAUUACUGCUGAUGAGAAAAUUACUUUGCUGGGCGCCAUACAAUCCCUAUUUGAAGGUUCAAUGUACACCUUUGUGUUCCUCUGGACCCCUGCUUUGAGCCCAAACGACGAGGAUAUUCCACACGGUUUUAUUUUUGCGACGUUCAUGUUAUCUUCAAUGCUGGGAAGCUCCAUUGCCUCACGGCUGCUGGCUCAGCAAAACCCAAGAGUCGAGAGCUACAUGCAGAUUGUAUUCAUGGUCUCUUCAGUAUCUCUCUUGCUUCCAGUUAUCUCAAGUUUCUUGAUAGCACCGUCUGGCGUGAAAGGUGGAAGCAUCUCAUUCUCUGGGUGUAUCCAACUCCUUGGUUUCUGCACAUUCGAAGCCUGCGUUGGGAUAUUCUGGCCGUCUAUUAUGAAGAUGAGGUCUCAAUACAUUCCAGAGGAGGCUAGAAGCACUAUCAUGAACUUCUUUCGCGUUCCUCUCAACAUCUUUGUGUGCAUUGCAUUAUACAAUGUAAAAGCGCUUCCCAUGACCGUCAUGUUUGGCAUGUGCUCGAUGUUCCUUUUCCUGGCAUCUGUGUUGCAGAGGCGUCUUAUGGUGAUUGCAGAAAUGCACAAGUCGAGAUCACAAGAUUGGACGGCAAUGCAAGAGAUGGGUUCCGAGGCGGAUCCAUUAAAUUCUUAAUUGAUUUCCCCUGUUUUCAGAGCUUCCUUGUUAAAACUGGUAGAGCUGCAAUUUGUCUAAGCUGUUUGCAAUCUUGUAGACAAGGGGUAUGGGCCUAGUCCUAUUUGGCUAGAAGAUAUGAAGUUUGAGGCUUGUGUGCGAGGGCUUCAAGUACUGUUUUUUGUUAAAAGAAUGACAGAAACAUAGUUUCUAGGUCAUGUUUUCUUCACCUAAUCUCAGUCACCAUUGCAAAAGGAAUCGAGGUAUUUAUUUUUGGUUGCUAAUUGUAUUUGUCUACACAUAGAAUAUAUAGUAAUAUAGGUCACAGUUCUUUCCUUGAUAUUGGUCAAUAUGAGCUUUCAUUUUUUCA